AUGUUCAACCCCCUUCGCGACUGGAUAAUGCUGGCCUGGGCCAUCUUGUCACUAUGGCUCACUCUAGCAGAGGGGAUGAGAGAUUACCAAAUUAAAUCGCUCAGCCCCGUUGUUGACACCCUGUUCUACAGACAAGAAACGGAGCACAUGUUCUACCAUGGAUUUGAAAACUACCUCGACCAUGCGUUUCCCGAAGAUGAAUUGCGCCCACUCACCUGUGGUCCUUUAACUCGCGACGAAAAACAUAACGAUCAUAACGAUGUGCUUGGCAACUAUUCCUUGACCUUGAUUGACAGCCUGUCGACCCUCGCUAUUUUGUCCUCGAGUCCGGAGAGUGGGGAUCGGUCUUUGGGAUAUUUUCAAGAUGGUGUGAAAGAUUUCGUUAGAUUAUAUGGGGAUGGCUCGCGGGGCCCUGCUGGUCGGGGAGAGCGCACAAGGGGGUUUGAUAUUGAUAGCAAGGUGCAGGUAUUUGAGACGGUCAUCCGAGGACUGGGUGGAUUGCUUAGUUCCCACCUUUUCGCUAUUGGCGAACUUCCCAUUACCGGAUAUCAACCACCAGAGCAGGAUGCUGCCUUUGCUGCUGCUUGGAACAAAAGCUCUUUCUGGGAAGAUGAUCAUGGGAUUGAAUGGAGAAAUGGAUUUGUCUACGAUGGUCAACUCCUCCGGCUGGCAGUUGAUCUAGCAAACCGUCUCCUUCCAGCGUUCUAUACAGAAACAGGUCUGCCAUACCCGCGGGUCAAUUUACGGCAUGGUGUACCGUUCUACGAAAACUCGCCUCUGAACCUCAAACCUGCAGGGAACAAGCGUAAGAAAUAUUCUUACCUGACAAGUGCUGAGGUUACCGAGACCUGCAGCGCGGGUGCGGGCAGCUUGGUUCUUGAGUUUACCGUCUUGAGCAGGCUCAUUGGGGAUGGUCGGUUUGAGGAACUAGCCAAGAGAGCAUUCUGGGCGGUUUGGGCCCGGCGAAGUGACAUCGGAUUGGUUGGAUUUGGUAUCGACGUCGAAUCAGGGAAAUGGAUAGGCUCAUUAUCGGGAAUUGGUGCCGGUAUUGACAGCUUCUUCGAAUAUGCCCUUAAAUCACAUGUUCUUCUUUCAGAGGGAGAACGUCCCCCCUUUGAUAUGAAAAGUCCUUGGAAGAUUCUGGAUGAUUAUUAUCUCCCCUUGACCGAGGAUCAACAUUCUCCAGAUGCCUUCCUUCAGGUCUGGGAAGACUCGCAUACCUCAAUCAACCGCCAUCUAUACCGUGGCGAGGGGUAUCAACAUCCCCACUUGGUUGUGGGAGAUGUCAUCACCGGAGCUACGCGAGCCUUUUGGAUUGAUAGUUUGAGUGCGUACUAUCCCGGCUUACUCGCUUUGGAUGGGAAGCUGGAUGAGGCCAUCGAAAUCCAUCUUCUCACAACCGCAAUCUGGACUCGCUUCUCUGCCCUCCCUGAGCGGUGGAACGUGGCUACGGGUGAUAUCGAUAACGGGCUUUCCUGGUACGGAGGUCGACCCGAGUUUAUCGAAUCUACUUACUACAUUUACCGGGCAACUCAAGAUCCCUGGUAUCUGCAUGUUGGGGAGAUGGUGCUUCGCGAUAUUAAGAGACGUUGCUGGACGAAAUGCGGAUGGGCUGGCUUGCGCAAUGUUCAGACUGGUGAAUUGAUUGAUCGUAUGGAAAGUUUCUUCCUCGGAGAGACUGCCAAGUACAUGUUCCUUCUCUUCACUCCUGAUCAUCCACUGAACAAAAUCGAUGCUCCAUGGGUGUUCUCCACCGAGGGUCAUCCUUUGAUCAUUCCGAAAAAGACCAGGCCGAGUCAACCCCAUCGCCGGCAAGAUGUUGCGCCGAUUCGGCACACAGCUGAUGACGUUUGUCUCGCGCCUCUUGCUCCAUCGAGCUUUGGCGCCUCUUCUACGGCAUCGCGGUCUGAUAUAUUCCACGCUGCUAGUUUGGCGCGUUUACAUCUUCGGCCUCGUAGCGCAGAUGAAGGUGCCAUCUUGGCAGACUCACCCAAGCAUCCCAGUGUAUCGGUAUCUGAUCUAUCAUCGCCAAGCAAUUAUACAUUCUACCCGUGGACACUUCCUCCCCAGCUUGUGCCUUUCAACGCCACCAGCGCGCCAAUGGCUAUUCGUCCCACACUUGACGUUUCAUUCCCAUCGCUCCCGGGUGGUAUCAACAUGGGUCCAGGGGCUUUGGAGCGCGUAAAAGACGGCAUUCUGAUUAAAACGGUUGGAGGGCUUCGAUUGAGCAUGAUCCAGGAUGUCCCAAUGGGAACGGGCGUCAAGGGCAACUAUGAAGACGGCUUCCGGGUCCAAGUCAUCAACAAUGUCCCUCUGGGCAAAGAUGAGAAGGUAUACCUCUCGCGCCAGAUCACCUUUGACAUCGUCGACCCCUAUGAUCCCAACUUCACCCGAGUCCGUGAUACCGCUAUCCUUGACCUCGUCAUUGACGUUCUUCCAGAGCCCCAUCGACGAAACAAUGGCUCGGCUCAAACAAGAUCUGAGCAGCCUGCAUCAGAGUCUUCAGAUGAUUCGGAACUUCCAGAGUCUCACCUCAGUCGCCACAGACCCGUCGCCGACGAAGAUAGCCCUAGUGUCGACUCACCCAUGAAGACCAUGCUUUCGUCACUCGUCAACACAGUCUCAUCUCUCCUCCGCGAUGACCCCGUCGAAGUUGCCCCGCUUCGCCUCAGCCUCCCAGCUACCAUUCCUACUGGCGUCGGAGCCGCCCCCCUCCCUGAGGUUGAAGACGCCAUCAGCAUAUCCCUAACUGGCAACCCAUCCGCAACACAACUCUCAUGGUCAUCAAUCUACUUCGCUGAUGAUCUCUGUGACGAGCGAAUCCUCCGCGACAUCGUCCAAACCCACGAGAUCCUCGUCCUGAAACGCGGCGGCUGUACCUUCUCUCAUAAAAUGCGCAAUAUCGCCGCUUUCAGACAGUCGCGUUCAUCCUUGAAACUUGUCGUUGUCGUAUCCUACGAUGACGAAGUUCCCCCGCAGCCUGAACCUGAGGAAGACCCAUCUUCUGAGGAGUCACGGCCGAUUUCUCCUCUCGCCGCGUUGCGCGCGGAACCAUACCUCAUCCGUCCUCAUCUUGAUGAGAACCAGAUGACUGCUAGUGGUAUCCCGCGGAAUCACCUCAUUAGUAUGGUUAUGGUUGGCGGGGGUGAAGAGACAUAUAAACUUUUGCAAGCUGCCACUGGUGUUGGAGUGAAGAGGCGGUACACGAUGCAAUCUCAAGGUGUCCCCAUCACUAAUCUGUAUAUCAUUUGA